UGGCAGGAAUGGGACGCAGUCGCGCGUGCUAAUGGAUAAACGCACGGCAGUGGUUACGAUGGUGGAAAGGAAACUGGAAGAAGACAUUUAACUGGAAGAGCCCUGAUCGUUGUCAGAUGUCCUUAGACCUUCUCAUAUUUAAAAAUUGUUAAACAAUACGCAUUGGAUACACCACAAGCAAUAGCUACCGCUAACCGAAGCCCUGGAUCGUCCCAAAAUGCCGAACAUAAAGAUUUUUAGCGGCAGCUCUCAUCCGGACCUGUCUCAGAAGAUCGCAGAGCGCCUGGGACUCGAACUUGGAAAGGUCGUCACCAAAAAAUUCAGCAACCAAGAAACGUGUGUGGAGAUAGGAGAGAGCGUGAGAGGGGAGGACGUGUACAUCGUCCAGAGCGGCUGCGGGGAGAUCAACGACAACCUGAUGGAGCUGCUGAUCAUGAUCAAUGCCUGUAAGAUCGCCUCGGCCUCCCGCGUCACCGCCGUCAUCCCCUGCUUCCCCUACGCCCGUCAAGACAAGAAGGACAAGGUGGGGAGUCGAGCCCCCAUCUCCGCCAAGCUGGUGGCCAACAUGCUGUCUGUUUCUGGAGCUGACCACAUCAUUACCAUGGAUCUCCAUGCAUCACAGAUACAGGGCUUCUUUGACAUCCCCGUCGACAAUUUGUAUGCCGAACCAGCUGUGCUCAAGUGGAUUAAGGAGAACAUCAACGAGUGGAAGAACUGCACCGUCGUAUCUCCAGACGCUGGUGGUGCCAAGAGGGUCACCUCCAUAGCAGACAGGCUCAAUGUCGACUUUGCCCUCAUCCACAAGGAAAGGAAGAAGGCCAAUGAGGUUGACCGCAUGGUCCUGGUGGGGGACGUGAAAGACCGGGUUGCCAUCUUGGUUGAUGACAUGGCUGAUACUUGUGGCACCAUCUGCCAUGCAGCCGACAAGCUGGUGUCAGCUGGUGCCACUAAAGUGUACGCCAUCUUGACCCACGGGAUCUUCUCUGGCCCAGCCAUCUCUCGGAUCAACAACGCCAGCUUCGAGGCCGUGGUUGUGACCAACACCAUCCCUCAAGAGGACAAGAUGAAGCACUGUUCUAAAAUACAGGUGAUCGACAUAUCCAUGAUCCUCGCUGAAGCCAUCCGUAGGACACACAACGGCGAGUCUGUCUCCUAUCUCUUCAGUCACGUUCCCUUAUAGUCCACCUUCCCUCCUCCAGGAGAUUCUGUCACAGCUGUAGCAAAGGAGGUGCCAUUGUACCCACCCUAUUCCCCGUCUAGAACCAACCCCCCUGUUCUCCUUCCAUCUUCUAUUACAUGUUUGCUCAGCCACUGGGCGUGUUACUUAGUUUGGCUGUUUGUUUGAUAGGAUUUAGCAGCCUUUACGUAAUGAGCUGUUCACAUUGCUGCUGUAUAGGCCCUGCUUAUUGCCCUCCUUUCACCUCUCCUUUUCCAAAUUUGGGGAUAAAUUUUUCUCCCCUUUGUUUUGAUCGUUUUUAACAUUUUUUAAGAUGUUUUCGAUGCUUUAGUAGUUAAUGUUUUGAAAUAAAGCCAUGUGUACUGGCCUGCAAUACUGCUUCUGUAGGUCUGAGUACGUACACCAUUGUGCAAAGUGAAGCUUGUUUUCAAGAUUGCUGCCACACUUCAGGAUGGCAUUCGCAGUUCUCACUAUUCCAAGUGCCCUUAAUCUCAUUUAAAGAUUUAUUAUGCCAAAUCCAAUAAAUAAAUUAAGAUGCAUGAUUGUAUUUAACCAGGUAUUCACAGCACUACUUAAACGGCUGUUACAUUUUGUGAUUGUCCUGGAAGUAUCAAUGGACUGUGUUUCCACUUUAAAAGCUUAUGAUGCAUGCCAUAUGUACAGAAAACAAAACUAGAGGUUCUCCCUCUUAAUGGUCCAACACUAAAAGUUGCCCUUUCCGAAAGUUGUCCUCAGUGGAUUUCAGCAGUACCCACAUAGCUGUCAAAUCUCUUGCAGUGCAUUUUGAGUUCAAUUAAUUUUGUGUUCAAAUUUUUAGUGUGUAUGUGUGCGCAAGUGUCUGAGUAUGUGUGUGUGUGUCUGAAAUUUCAGUCCCUUUAAAGUAGAUGUUGCUUUGAAGAGGCCCUCUAUGUAAACGCUGGGCACCUGUGGCCUUAAGUGUGAAAUAUGUACAGGACAAUGAUGGUGAUGCUGUUACUGUGCAUCUGCCUCCCUCACCAGGAGGCCUGAUGAAAUGUACUGACUAUGAAACGAUUAAAGUCAUCUCUGGUUUCAGAA